AUGCUUAAGUUUAAUGCUGAUGGUUCUUUUGUGCACUGGGAGUACUCUCCUUCUGUUGCUAGAACAGAGCUUUGCCGUUUGAUUGCUAGGCUGGACCUGCCUCUUUGCUUUGGUCAAUCUGAUGCUUUUCAGGACUACAUUACCAAUGCUCAUAACCCUAGGUUUGUGAAGUCCUCUAGGCAAACUACUGCUAGAGACUUGAUUGGCCUUUAUAAUAACCGUGUUGAACAGCUUACUGAUGUCCUGAAAAACUCUGUUUCAUCUGUUGCUCUUACAUCUGACAUUUGGUCUGGUAAAGCUAAAGAGGACUACAUCUCUGUUGUUGCUCACUUUCUUAACCCUGAUUGGUGUUUAAAAAAGAGGUUACUUGGUCUAAAACCUAUAGAAGUGGCUCAUACAGGUGUUAACAUUGCUGAGCGUGUUGAAAUGGUUGCAAGUGACUAUGGUAUUACUGAUAAAAUCUUUGCUAUUGUGCUUGACAAUGCUUCAUCUAACAAAAUUGCUAUAGAUGUUCUAAAACCUGUAUUCUCUGGUUACAUUGGUAGUUUGAUGCCUAAACCUGCUAGGAUUGAUGAUGAUCUAGCUGCUGUAUUCUUGCAUCAGCGAUGUGCUUGCCAUAUCAUCAAUUUGAUUGUUAAGAGUUGCCUGAAACGUUUGAAACCAUAUCUUGAAGAUUUUAGGACUGCUAUUACAUUCUUGAAUUCUUCCAAUCAACGUAUUGCUUCUUAUAAACAGUAUUGCUUGAGUGUUGGUGUCCGCCCUCAGAAGUUAUUGUCUUUUCUUCAAUUAUUCUAUGACUCAACUGUUGCACUAUCUGGUGUUUAUUACCCUACAUUACCCUUAAUGCUGCAUCAUAUUUUGAAAAUUGCUAGGCAUCUAAAUGCAUAUGAGAACCAUGAACUGCUAAGAACUGCUGUUGUUCCUAUGAAAACUAAGUUCCUCAAAUACUGGAGGGAGAUACCCCUCCUGUAUUCAUUUGCUUUCAUUAUUGAUCCUAGAGCUAAGAUGAGGGGGUUUCAUAAAGUAUUGCAGAAGUUAAGUGUUCUUAAUGGUCAAGAUUAUGCUAGAUACCCAUCAUCUAUUCGUUGCAAGUUAACUAAGAUGUUUCCAGUUUAUGAGUCCAAGUUUGGUGAUGCUUGCUUGAGGACUUCAACACUGCCAGCUGUUUCUGGUAUGGGAACUGAGGCCUGGGAUGAUAUAUAUGGUGAUGAGGAAGCUUUUGCAGAAUCCACUUUCAGCUUAGCUAGCAGGGUCCUCGAGGAGCGGCGGCGGCGGCUAACACCAGACUUGGUGGAGGUCCUCUCAUGCAUCAAGGACUGGGAGUUGGCGGACUUGCACAAGCAGCACACUGUAGAGAAGGAAACAAAGGACCUUGAAGCAGCCUUUGAAGCUAUGUACCUGGACAAUGAGGAAGAAACAUCACCUGGUACCAAGCGAAAGGAGCAAGAAGGAGGCAGUGGACCUGAUGCUGCUGCUAGGAAGAAAGACAAGGGCCCAGCAACUGAACCAUCCAGUUCAAGAGGCAAAAGAGCUUGA